GGACUGUCUAUGGUCACGUCUUUCUUCGCGUUACUCACUUGCGGACUGCGGUCCCGUCCGUCCGCAUUAUCGCAGAAUCGGUUGAAAUUGACGGUGUGGCAAAGGAGACAGAGUAUAUCGCGUGAAAAUUUCGUCGACCUGCGCUUAGUCAAUAAUUUUGCAAAAUGAACAGGCUCUUCGGACGUGCCAAACCCAAGGAACCGCCACCAAGCAUCACGGACUGCAUCGCGGGGGUUGACAGUAGGGCGGAUUCGGCAGAAAAGAAAAUAGCCAGGCUAGAUGCAGAGCUAAAGAAGUACAAGGAUCAAAUGGUUAAGAUGAGGGAUGGUCCAGCCAAGAACACAGUGAAGGCCAAGGCUCUUCGUGUGCUGAAGCAGCGAAAGAUGUACGAAGCUCAAGUAGAUAAUUUGCGUCAGCAGGCAUUUAACAUGGAACAAGCAAACUAUGCCACUCAGACAUUGAAGGACACCCAGUCGACUGUAGUUGCUAUGAAGGAAGGGGUCAAGCAAAUGCAAAAGGAAUUUAAAAAUAUCAACAUUGAUCAAAUUGAGGACAUGCAAGAUGAUUUGGCAGAUAUGCUGGAACAAGCUGAUGAAGUGCAAGAAGCAAUGGGUCGCAGCUAUGGAAUGCCAGAAAUUGAUGAUGAUGAACUGGCUGCAGAGCUUGAAGCUCUCGGUGACGACCUCGCUUUGGAUGAAGAUACCAGCUUCUUAGAUGAUGCUAUUAAAGCACCUAGUGCUCCAGACAAGGAACCAGGAGCAAAUUCUGUCAAGAAUAAGGAUGGAGUUCCAGUGGACGAAUUUGGUUUGCCACAAAUACCUGCUAGCUAAAUUUAAAAAUACCUCAAAAUUUAUAGAUAAGGCAAUUGUAAGCUUAAGAACAUUCGUAUGCAUGCCCAAAGACGUACAAUCCUUUAAGAACAAGACAGCUUUUCUAAUCAACACUUAUGCGACACAAAUUAAAUGCUCUGGUAAUGUUUCAUUAACUUGCGUAAAGAAUACAUUUAGUUUAGUUCUGUAUUAAUAUACUUUUGUUACUGUCUUCAAAGUCACUAUUUUUAUUAAAUUAGUGUUAUAUUGUACAUAUAUAUAUAUAUUAAAUUAAUAAAUAUCGAUUAUAAAUACAAAAA